AUGGACCAUGCUGGUAGUCUUCAUUAUAACCUUGAAAAAGUACAUGGUGAUUCAGUUGUUCAAACAUUAAAUAUGAUAUCGAAUAAUCUGAUGAUUGACGUACAAUCAUUGUCGGUUUGUCUUCGUGCUUGUGCUGCAUUCCAUGAAGAUGAAGGGAAAGUACUGUUGGCCAAUGUACCACAAAGAGCUAAAUCAAUUGGAGAAUUUACACUUUUAAUCACAACGAUGGGUACUGGAAAAUCAUUGAUAUUUUCGAAAAUCAUGGAGAUGCAACACCUUAAACGUGAAUAUGAUUUGAAACGUGAAAAAGGUGGUGUUGGUGGAGUUGGUGCGUCGAAGAAUAGUAGUGGUUAUCGACAUGCAGUAUUAAAUGAAAUUACUGGACCUGGUUUAACAAAAUAUUUAGAUAAAGCUGGUAAUGUUUUAGUAUUGAUCGACGAAUUCGAUGGUGAUCAUCAAAAACUUGGUCUAUUUGGAACAGAAUCAAAACCAAAUAAUUUAAAUUCAAGUGCUGCGAGUGUAUUAAAAUCAUUUCAUACUGGCAUACCUUUUUAUCAAAAAGCAAAAGUUAGUGAUUCUGGUCAUCUGAAAAAUCCUCAAGUAUCUUUCUUAGCCGCCAGUAAUGGGGUACCCGUUAUGGACAUUUUACGAUCUAAAUUAAAAACCAGUGUUAUGCCUGAUGCUCUGGUCAUGAGAACCAUUUUCGACGUUAUUGAUUCACCACCAAAAUUCAAUUCUGAUUAUAAGAACAAGUUUAUGCCAACUGAUGCUAUUGGAUUGGAAAUGUUUUUGCUUGCAUCGUCACUUUUAACAAAUCAAACGUAUAUAUUUGAUACUUCGGGUAGUCGUUCAGCUGAUGAGCUCCUACAAGGUUGGCAAGAUAUGUGUGUAGCAUCAGGUGCACGAUGGAAAAACGUAGACAAAUGGACAUCUUCAAGGUUUGCAAAAACCAGUGAAUUAACUGCGCGUCUUGCAGCACAAUUAACACAUAUUGAUUUAGCAUAUACACUUUUACGUGAAUUUAUUCAUUUAAAACAAUUACCUAAUCCAAAUGGACCUGUUUCAUUUGAUACAUAUUGCCAAAUGGCUGAUUUCUUUCAUGCAAGAUAUCCACCGGAUUCAAGUACUUCAAUUACCAUAUCGAGUAGCCAAGUAGAAGCUGCAAUUUAUGCAACAAAAACAAUCUUAUUGAAAUUUUUCAAUCUAUUUGAUCUUACUGCAAAUCGAUCCGGUCCUAUUCUUGAAAUUCCAUGGAUUCCACCUUCUUCAAUUAGUAAUAGCAAUGCAGCUGUUGUUCAACUUCCAUCAACACAAGGAAAUGAUACUGAAUUACAAAUUGAUCCUCCUAUGUUAAAUAUGUUUCAAACCAUUAUAAAAUUUCCAAGUAUUUGCUUCACAUUUUCUCAACUUGUAAAAACUUUUUCGAAAUUAAAACAUCAAUAUAAGAAUGUGGGUCCGGCGCUUGAGAAGCUGGUCAAGAUGGAAAUCCUGUUAAAGUUUGAAGGCGGUCUUCAAUCUGAAUAUGAAAAAUCUUCAACAUUAUCUAAAACGAAUCAUGAUUUAUUAAAUAUAUCAAAUGAAUCUUCACAAGAUUUAAUUCAUAGUAAUAUUACAAAUAAUGAUGAUCAUUUCGUCACAUCAACACCGACUCAAGAUUUUGCUGAAAAUAAUGUACAAUUGGAAGUUGGACAACAACAGGAAAUUUCGUCUAUUGUAUCACCACCUACUACAUCAAAUUCAAAUAAAUUCGUAUCUUCUCUUGUAUUCGAUUCUACUGAAUUAUCAUCAUCAUCACAAACGUCGAUUGACUUCCUUCUACCUCGACCUCCUUCUAAAAUCCUUCGAAAUUCGAAUAUUGAUGAUAAUCUUGAACAAAAUGAUACAUUGGAGUUCAAUACUGAAAAUAAUCAUAAUGAUUCAUUGAAUAGUACUGAGAAUAAUGAGGAUACAAAUAAUUCUAUGAAACAAAUCGAUCAAAUACUUGCAGCUGAUAUUCCUCAAAGUGAUCGAACACGUACAAAAACCAAACGUUUUUAUUCAUCUGAAAGAAAUGAAGAUGAAAUUCAUACAACAAAAAAGAAAAAGAAAACAGUUCAAAGAAAUAAAACGACUUGA